UUAAUUACCUCUCUCAUCCUAUCCAAAUAGAGUGUUAGAAUUAGCAUUUCAUAAACUUUAAUUAAAUUUUUUUUGACAAUUACACUUGUUAUUUUUUGGCGGAAUUCAACUAAUUAAAUAGUUAAUUUUCUUUUUUUUUUAUCAUUUUUUUUAUCUAAUAGGUAGCAGCUAACUGGUAACAGCUACUGCACCAGGCCAUCAGCAAACUACAAAAACAGCAGAAACCAACAACUAUCCCUAAUACCGUCGUUCGUAUCGUGUGGCAAAUUCAGGUUCAAUCUCCGCUUAAAAAACGACAAAUAGUUUACAGAAAGAAGUCAAUUGAAGUAACUAUUUCUUUCUCCCUUCAAAUCUUUAGAGGCCGGCUCUGUAAAAGAAGAUGGAGACGAUCAACGAAAUCAGAGAAAUCGAAGAGAAAAAUCCAAACCCCAACAAGUUUUCAAAUAAUAGUUCGAAUCCAAACCAAAACCAAAGCCCAAACCCAGAACCGGACCCGAAAACGAAUCCGAAAUCGAGAACGGUGAGGACAAAGGUGUCAGAGGUGGAGAUCCAUCUGUACCGACAAGGUAAGGGUCCGAUCGAAGUGUUUAAGUCGAGCUUGGGAGGAUGGGACCAAGACCAGCUGGAGAUCCGGGAUAUAUUAGAAAAAUACGGUUUCAAGUCGGUUUACGCUUUCAAUCCGAAUUCUGGCCGGGCCGCCCCGAUCAGGUUUAAUCCAAGGAAUGGAAGGUCUUUGCUUGGGUAUAGAGAUGGAUCCGUGAUUUGCAUUGAUGGAGAGCCAAAGGAUUCCUUGGUCAAACCUGUCACCAAGAUCUUGUUCAGUGUAGCGGUUAUAACUCUUUUGAUAACAAUGGUGGUGAAAGAACCACCAGAAUGGAUCAAAAAGUCAAAUUUCUUUGGUGGAAGCUACUCCCCAUGGAUCCUUGCUUGUGCAGUAAUUGUAUUUACUCGCAUGAGGAAGAGAACGAAGGACUACUUAAAGAACCAUGGCUGGUAAUUGGUAAACACAUAGCCAUGGACUUUUUUUUUCCCUUUUUGUCCUUUCGUUUUGAGCGUGGUGUGGCGCGGAGGAGGAUGAAUUGCCUCUUGGACUAUUUUGAAAUUUUUUGUAAAGAAUUGAUAAUAGAUGCUAUAACAAUAUACUCUAAGCAGUUGCUUCUGUUUGGUUUAAUUGGAUGUUGACUGAAGACUUCAUUAAAUUACAUCAUAAAUAUAGAGAGGAAAUUUGAGGAUGAAAUA